UAUACUUCCUGAAGCCAUAUGCGUAGAGAAGGUAUUAGUGCAUGAUAAUAGAAACUUGUGUAUGAAGCCUGAUUUGAAGAUCACCUUGGUACAUGAGGUUGUGCUAGGACACUCUAGUGAAAAUACUUAUAUGGCUCUCCGGCAACUUUUUGUUUUUAGGCUGCUUGAGUUCUUCAAUACGCAUCCAGAGAAUACUGAUAUCCCAGAAGCUACUCUACCAGAACCUUUUCAACAAAGAAAUAGCUUGAUUUGUGAGGACUUGCCUGUAGAUCCUUCUAUACUCUCAUCAUCAACUCCCGAUCAAAAUCAACAUCUAUUACAGGAAUGUCAGCCAUAUCCUUUAAAAAGGCAUUUCUCAAAGAAUAAUGCUGUGUCAGAGACAGAAAAUAACGUUGUAACAAGUCCAAUUGGUCAGUCACAUCAUUCAUCUGAUUGCUUGGAAAAUGAAGGAGGUGAAGGUGGCAGUGAAUGGCAGAAAAAAUGUACUACUUCAUAUUUGAAAUCUGAUAGCACAAAUGAUCGGGACAUGGAAGAAGGACAGCAGAAUGAAUCAUGUUCUAUGGGAUUCCAAUGUAGUGUUGUUAAUACGCCAGCACGUCUGAUUUGCUCUCCACAGUCUGUUAGUUGUGGUAGUUAUGGAAGCUCUCAUCUCAAGAUUGCCUCAUCCACAGAUAUGUUAAUGACAGAGACACCUGCUCAGUCAACACUUAGAAGAUUGGCACCCAGUUCUGAUGUUAAACUUAAGAUUAUGACCACCCAAAAUUCAAUCUCAUGCAAUAAGCAUGUAAAAAGAGUUCUUUUUUCACAUGAAGGUGAUUAUGAUGGUGACAAGUUAGAAUCAAGUAGAGAUGCUUGUGAAAACAUCCCUGAAGAUGGUCGAGCAUGCACUGAGGAUUUUAGUGUUUCUAAUUUUGUUGUUCUAUUCCAGAAGGUGGUUGAGGUCAUUGAUUGUUCUCAUAAAAAUACGAAUCAUAUGGUGGUGCAACAACUGGGCAGCAGAUGCCUUCAUUGUUGCUUGGCCUUGUUGAUGUGAUAUAUUCUAUAUUUUGUUCCAUCAAAAGCUCUCCAAUCACAAAAGAGGA